AUGUCAUUUCCAGGCCAGCUGGCAGCGGGGACAUGUGAGAUUGUGACGCUGGACAGGGACAGCAGCCAACCACGGCGGACCAUCGCCAGGCAGACGGCCCGCUGCGCCUGUAAGAAGGGCCAGAUCGCUGGAACUACAAGAGCUAGACCCGCCUGUGUGGACGCUGGUAUUGUUCGGAAAAAGCAGUGGUGUGAGAUGGUGCCAUGUUUGGAGGAUGAAGGUUGUGACCUGUUAGUCAAUAGAUCUGGCUGGACUUGUACACAGCCUGGAGGCCGUGUUAAAACCACCACGGUCUCGUAACACAGCCAGAGACGGGAAAACCAGGGAGUGACUGUUUGAGGGAGUCAGCUCUCCCCACAACACUGGACAAACAUGCUAUAAAACACUUCCUGUUUCCUGUGACUGGCCACUGCGGGUUUCUGACUGCUCCCUCCUGCUAUCUGUCGUUGGGUCAACACGUUGCGUCCACCUCCUCUCCACUGUAUCUGCCUGCUCUGUGCAUUUAGCAGCACAUGCUCAUGCCACGGAGGUUUGGACACCUUAAAAAUCCCAUGAAUGGUUUUUUGCCUCAUUGGAAGUCCACUGUUUGGAGCUGCUAACUGCUUUUAAUAUGGGAUUUCCCACAUCUCUCUCCUAGACUCUAGUGCCGGAGUUCCAGAGCAUAGACAGGAUCAUUACCGAACACUCCGUGAUGCUUCUCGGACCAUCUUGCAAGGCCGUAAAAACAAACUGAGCGCACUCUGCUGUGAAUAGGCCUUCUGCUGGAGUAAACCUCCCAUAUUUUUAUAGACCAAAGAGCAAAACAACAAAUAUGAUCAUUAUGACAGAGAGGACCAUCUGGCAAAGACACACAGAAACUUCGUUAACAUGCUUUGUGUGUCACCACCGACCAACGACUGCCCCCACAGAGACUCGGUGCACAAGCAGACCGACGCAAAACAAACACUUGCAGCCGGUGGCAUAUGUGCCGAACACAAUCAAAGGAGUACUUUUAAAACUUUGCAGACAUUUUUUUUCUCAGACUAAGCUCACCACUGUAUUUUGGAACUGGACAUAUAGGUACUACAUACGUAUAACUGUGUAUCAAAAAAAGAAAAAAAAGAAAAAAAAUCCGAUUUGCAUUUUUCAGUAGCUAAAGUUGGGACAGGAAGAAUUGUUGUGUUGAUCAUGGAUGCAGAGAGCAAAUCAUAUCAGAGAAAUGAUAAAUAUCUACAGAGAGUAUUAAAUGCUGUUAAGUCUGAAAAGAAGGAGUAAAGAAAUGUCAUUAAAUGUAUUUUGAAAGGCCCUAAAAAGUUAUAUAUUUAACAGUUUUAUAUGUUGUACCUUUGUAGAGAAGCUUAUUGGACUUAAAAUGUGAUCACAAUGGCAGUUUAGUAGGAUGUGAACAAAUGCUGUUGUUCUCAUCACUGCUGGCUCGUAGUCCCAGGUUUUCCGUUCACACCUCAGUAGCCGCUUUCUUUUCAUGGUCAUCUUACAAGUCACUGUCUAUCAGAACCAUUAAUGAAAAAAAAGGAAAGUGACACAAUUUAUUAAGGACUGAUGUGCAGCCAACCGAACAUUGUAAAUCUAUGGUAGUCAGUGGAAGCCAUUGAAAUCUGCUAAUUUGCUAUGAUAUUGUAUUGUACACGGUGUGGAAUACUGACUCAUUUCCUCUC